UGUUUAUUUUGAUUGAAACCACAAAAAAAAUUGUCGUCAAAAUCGCCCAUUAAUUCAAUUAAUUUAAAACAAUUAGUUUUUUAUAAUAGUUUUUUUGCACAAAUGAUAUUUUAAUUAUUCAAUUUUUAAUUUUUUAAAAUUAAUAUUUUCAUCAAAAAUAAUGGACGGGUAUGAAGAGGACGAUAGGUUUAUGAUUGGGUCGUUCCCUAAGGGCUUCGGAUAUCCGGACGACGACAAUGACAUGCAAUCCAAUGAUGUCAACGAUAGGUCGGCCCUUACGGGUGAAGUCAAACCACGCAUACUAAUCAUGGGUUUGCGUAGGAGUGGCAAGUCGUCCAUACAGAAAGUGGUUUUCCAUAAGAUGUCACCAAACGAGACACUGUUUCUCGAGAGCACCAAUAAGAUUGUCAAAGAUGAUAUCAGCAACAGUUCAUUCGUGUCGUUUACAAUUUGGGACUUUCCCGGUCAGAUCGACUUCUUUGACUCGACAUUUGACUCGGAAAACAUAUUUGGCGGCUGCGGUGCACUCGUCUUUGUCAUCGAUGCACAGGACGACUAUAUGGAAGCGUUGUCCAAAUUACAUCAUACGGUCAAAAAGGCACAUCAAGUGAAUCCUGAUAUAAAAUUUGAAGUGUUUAUUCACAAAGUUGAUGGACUAUCCGAUGAUCAUAAAAUCGAGACCCAAAGAGAUAUCCAUCAGAGAGCUAAUGAAGAUCUUAUGGACAGCGGCGACGAGAGUAUUCUUCUUAGCUUUUAUUUAACUUCAAUAUACGAUCAUUCAAUAUUUGAAGCCUUUUCUAAAGUGGUCCAGAAAUUGAUCCCACAGCUGCCCACUCUUGAGAAUCUAUUAAAUAUAUUUAUAACAAAUUCUGGUAUCGAAAAGGCAUUUCUCUUUGAUGUCGUCUCGAAGAUAUAUAUUGCCACCGAUUAUUCCCCGGUAGACAUGCAAUCAUAUGAAUUAUGUUGCGAUAUGAUCGACGUUGUUAUAGAUAUUUCCUGUAUAUAUGGUGAUUCAAAUAAUAGUCUUAAAGAAAGUGAUGGCGAGAACAGUACAUUUGACAGCAGUUCUUCGUCGACAAUCAAACUGAAUUCGGGAACAGUUCUCUAUCUGCGAGAAGUUAACAAAUUCUUAGCUCUUGUCUGUAUUCUUCGCGAAGACAAUUUCGACAAACAGGGACUCAUUGACUAUAACUUCCAGUGUUUUCGACAGGCAAUACAAGAAGUGUUUGAGAUUAAGUUUAAUAAACACAACAAAUCACAACAAAUUAUCAACGAUUCAAUCGAUUCGACACAAAGUAAUGGCUAUAUUAGCGAUCAAAUUCAUUGAUCGAUUGAAUUGAUGGCAAUUUUGUUUUUUUUGGGCGACAAUUUCAACCGCUAGAUUAGCAUUGAAUCUUUUGAUUUACAAU